AAUGCUGUGUAGGCAUAACCCAUGAAAGCUCUCACUAGCCAGAAGGCAAAGUAAACUAGGAUAGAGCACAGGCACUCUCCAGAUUAUGGUCUCCCUCCCCCCUGAGCUUCUGGGCACCUCCCUUCCCCUCACAUCCUCUUCUCCUCCUCCUCCUCUUGAAGAGAUGAUGGAAUUGAUAGGUGUUUAGGUUUAUCUGGGAGCCUGUCCAUACCCAACCAAGUACAUGCCCUAUGUGAUGGUCUUGUAUAAGAUUCCACUGACCAUUGCAGGAUUUUAUAUUGGGAGUGGAAUAGAGAUCAUGGGUUGUGGCACUGCUGAUAGACCACAAUCAAAUGAAAGACUCUUACCUAUUUAACCUGUCUAUCAGUUUUAGGUUUUUUCUAUAGUCUCCAUGGCAUGACUGGAGUGUUUAAGUGUUUCCCACAUAAAAUUGUGUGGCGGGGUUCCUAUGGAUUUUUCUCCCUCCCUUUGCUGAAGUGUGUAUGUACCUACACACAUAUGUACGCCCUAUUAAUUUACUUUGUUGUUCUAGCUAUCAUGUGUGAUACUACUGUCAUCCUUUACUGGGUUAUGUCUGUUCCAGACUGUAAACUCCUUCAGAGUAGAAACUUGUUACUUUCAGUUGUUUGCCAUGCAUGUUUAUGGCACUAUAUCAAUAAUAGUAAGUCUGAAUCCACUACCUCAGCUGGGUGAGCUGGAGUGGGAGUUGACCUUCCAUCAGAAUUUUUUUCCUCUGGUUAAUUUCUGUCACAGUCUUUGAUGCUGUUUAAUACAGUGUAGCAUUGUUUGGCUUGUAUAUGAUCACUUUUUAAGGUAAUAGGGUAAUGAAGAAUGAAAAGGGGCAGAAUGAAACUCUAAUAGCAAGACAUUGGCGUGCAUAAUAACUUUUAAAAUCUGUCAAGUAAAUGCAUAUUUGGGCCCCAGUUCUGUAAUUGGAUUGAUGCAAGUGGACCCCUGUGCCACUUGGGGCUCCAUAUGUACCCAAGUGAAGGGUCAGGGCCUGGGUUUGCUGGCAGAGCAUUCUUGGAACAGUUACCAAGCAUCUUUUUCAAUGCAUACAUCACUCCAUGUGUUUUCUACCAUUGUGAGCCUUUUAAGUUUUUUUUUUUUUUUUUUUGUCAAUUAAGAUCAAUAUGUUUUCUGGUCUUUUGAUUUUUGCUUUUGAAAACUUCUUGACUUGAGGUCCUGUUCCCACCUAGCCUGGUCUGUCUCUCCCACAGAAAAACAUGUGUGAAGACUCUUGGAGCCAAGAUCCAUACCUGGCUUGAUAGCUGCCUUUAUUCAUUCUAUUGCAUAAUCUGGGGUCUAGCAUUAAAAAGGCCUUUUUUAAUUCUGUGAGUUGUCAAGGAUGUGUAAUGUUACUUUUUCAUUGCUUUAUUUCAUAUUGAGCUUUGCUUGAAAGCAAAGCAUUACUUUAUAAUGUGUGUGUAUAUAUGACAGUUUUUUCCCAAAAGGCCCAGACUGCGUUAUAAGUUCUGAUCUCUUUGGUUUUUGAUUUAAUAUGUUGUUUGUAUCAUAUUUGCAGAUGACACCACUGGUAAGCAAGAAGAUGGACCAAUUGCUGGAUACUUCGUGUGAUUUGAAGCUGAAGACAUGCAGAAUCUUCUCAUCCUUUGCAAGAUGCUCCUCAGGAGAGCCGGCCUGUCACCAGUGAAGACCGAGAGAUGUCUCAACAUGCCCCUCCAAGUGGUGAAGAUGAGGAGGAAGACAGUGAUAGCGACAGUGAUGAUGAUGAUGAUGUGAAAGUUACCAUUGGCAACAUUAAAACAGGAGCACCAUCAUACAUGGGGACUCCUAUGAAUCUGAACUUAAAAACAGGUAGAGGCUAUGGGACAUCCUCUUCAGCCAAGUUGCAGCCCAAAGGUAUUGAUCUAGAUGCCACAGGGAAUAUAAAUGGAUUGCCUGUAAUAGAAGUGGAUUUAGAUUCGUUUGAAGACAAACCGUGGAGGAAACCAGGUGCUGACCUUUCGGAUUACUUUAAUUAUGGAUUCAAUGAAGAAACGUGGAAAGCUUAUUGUGAAAAACAGCGACGGCUUCAGCUUGGACUGGAUCCCUCUCCACCUAUCAGCAGUGAGAAUAAGAUCACAGUUCAGCAAGGAAGGACAGGAAAUUCAGAGAAAGAACCAGAGAACAACAUUAUCAAAACGGAAUUCAAAACGGAUUUUGUGGCUCUGAUAGGAGGACGGAUGAAGGCCGGGCCUCCACCAAAUAGGAAGCUGGGUGGGACAAUUGAUGUGAUUGGUGGACAGGCAGGCACUAUUAGGAGGGUAGAAGGAAGACGCCGCGAUAAACACGCUUCAGAGGAAAAUCCCAUUCAGGUUCUUGGAGAUCAUGGAAAUAAGCCACAACCCCCACAGCAGCCCCAGCAACCGUCACAGCCCCAGCAGCCACCUCAGCAACAGCCGUUUGUACCACCAGCAGGUCCCCCACCUCCCCCAAUUGCUGGGCCACCCCCACCACACUUUCUGCACCCUCCCCCUCCAGUUACUUCUGUCCCACCUCCUCUGCAUCCUCCAGGCUUGCCACCACCAGGUCCCAUUCCAGGGCUGUUCCCUCCACCUCUGGCUCCUCCACCAGCUCUUCUCAUUCCAACACUUGAUGGCCAACCUGCCGGCUACAAUAACAGGCAGCCUCCACCAUUUGGAUACAGCUCUGCAGAUUCUGGUUUCAUCAGCUACCCUCCUAUUUCCACGUCUCACACGCCCUGGGUGACGACAGUGGAUAAGGGCACAAGCAGCUCCAGCAGCAGCCACUGGGAGUACUCCAGCUCAAGGCGUGAGAGAGAAAGGGAGCGGGAAAGGGAAAGGGAGAGAGACAGAGACCGGACUCCAACCACCAGUGAAUACAACAACAGCUCCCCCUGCCUCACGGUACGCUUGUCUCUCCCCCAAAGCGACGACGAGCGAUAUCGCUACUACAGUCGAGAGCGAGGUUAUGAUUUUGAGCGGGAUUAUCGCAGGAGUAGAGAUCGGAGCAGAGAGCGGGAGGAUCGCCACCGGGAGCGCAGGCACAGAGAGAAGGAGGAGAGCAGUAAACAUAAGUCUUCAAGACGUAAGCAGCACGAGAGUGAAGAGGGUGAAAGCCACCGGCGCCACAAGCACAAAAAGAACAAGCGCAGCAAAGAGGAGAAGGAGGCCAGUGAUGACGGCGUCGCAGAGGGAGAUGAACAAGAUGCUAAGGAGUAACGGCCCCCAGCUGUCCUUUAGGAGGGACUUGCUCCUUUGUGAGCAGCAUGGCAUCUAACUUUAUUUUCCAAGGGAAGCAGAGAUGACUCUGGUGGCCAAGUAUUGAAAUGCAAUGUGACAGCUCAAGCGUUAAGGCUGAACACACAGUUAAACUUGGAUACGAGACGAAGUAUGGCAGUAAUAGUAUAUACAGCACUGAGCUACUCUUCUUGUAAACGACCCUAGAAGAACUUCAUUGUAUCAGAUCCUAUGGUUUCUGAUGAAAGACAGCUUCAGCUGAAACUAAUGUAUUUAGGUAAUAGGGUUUUUUUGCGCAACCAUGGUUCCUUUUUUUAAAAAGUAGGACAGUAACUGCAACUUGAACUUUAUUGUCCAAAGAAAAGUGUGAUUUAGGUCCUCUGUGAGCCAGCUUAGAAUCUGGCAUCUGUUAGUGAAAGUGUCAUCCCCCAAAUCCAUUUCUUUAUAGCUAUGAAAGUAUCUUUCAUUCAUCCAUGGCAGGAUUGGCAGCAUAUGGAAAGGAACUACUUUACAGGUGUGUCAUUUGAACCUGCUUUGGUCUAAUGGCUUUUAAAAGGUAGGGCAUUCAGAGACUCAAACCCAGCUUUUUUUUUAAACCGAUUGAGAAUGUAGUUCUACCACAUGUUAUACCUGUAAAUGGAAAGUCAUGUUCUGUGGAAGACUGUGGUGAGAGCAGGAGUUUCUUUUUUUAAUUAGUUUGGAUUUUUGGUAACAAUUGAGAUAAAUAAUCUAACACCUUAGGGAACAUGCAGUUUGACGUUGGGUUUACUUAUUUAUAUUCAGCAUCACUAAUAUACCUGUGCAAUGCAUUUCUCCCCCCUAAGAUCUCAGAAUAAAUGCAAUCAAAUUUCAUGCUCUGUUUGAUUUAGGGUUUUUUCGUUUUGUUUUAAAACAGAGAAACUUCUCAGUGGAAAGUGGGGGUUUAUGUAUACCUGGUUCUUACACAGAAUACUGCACUUGUUUGUGUGAAUCCACAAGUCUCAUUUUAAAUAUCUUCCACUUCUAUGAAUUGAUAUUUAAAAAUGUCUUAAAUCCUUCCCCAAAAUAAGAUGGUUUUGAAAUUUUACAUAUGAUUUUUUUGUACUGUAGUUAUGCAAGUCUGAGUGUUGUGUGAAGCUUACAACCUUUGAAACUUGAGCCAGUACAGCAUGAUAUCAGUUUGUAUGCUAUGACACUGCAUUUGAUGGGUCUUUAACUACAAAACCUGUGGGGAGCAGAAUAAAGCAAUUUUUUUUUUUGUAAA